AUGGCGGACCUCGAAGACGUUACGCUGGACGGGAGGCCGCUACAAUCUCUACGGGUGGCGGAUUUGAAAGCUGCUUUAGAGGAGCGGGGGCUUCCUAAAAGCGGACAGAAAAAUGCUCUCAUUAAGAGGCUCAAAGGGGUGAGUUUUGUUAAGGAUUUGAGACCGUUUAUAACCUGCAGUCGCUAAACCUCGGUGUUGCUAGAGACUGGCCGAUGCUUGUCUUGCAGGCCGGAGUGCUUGCCUAGUUUAUAAAAUAAAAUAAAAUAGCUACAGUGUGCUGUUUACUUUGUGUGGUCAUGUUUUGUCGUCGUUGGAAGCUUUGUGCUAUGUUGUACCAUUUCAAAUGGCUUGUUCGUUGAAUAAGUUGUUAACCAAAGUUUAAAUGGACGUGUGUUGUUUAUGUGAGACACGGCUGGUAGCUAACGUUAGCUGCCAGCUAACAGUUACUGGUAGUUUUGUCGGCGGCGGCACGGUCCGCGCUUUGUUGGUGUGCACGAGUUGGGGGGAGGUUAUACAACGUGGACGCGCCUGUAAAGUAGCUCGCUAUCUACUGUACUAGAAGCUAGCAAGCUUUGGGAGGCGUAGUAAACAAAAUAAUUAAUGAAUGAAUAAAAGUAAUCUAAAUGUUUUGGGGCCCCGGGUCUUCGAUGAAUUAGUACUUCAUUGUAUAAUUAGAAUAUGUAAUGUUAGCAAUACAAGUGAAUUGCAAGCAGCGUGAAAUGCAACAGCUAGCUAGCAACCAUUGUCGUUUUCAAGUCUAGUUAAAUCAAUCCUACUAGCUAGCGUUAGCUCUCAGUUGAAAAUAAAAGUAUUUGUAUUUAGUCGAUAUCGGCCAGUAUAUGCUUCUGCUACUACGAAUAUUUUAUCUUGACUUUGUUUUGAAGGAAUAACUUGCAUGGUUGUCUGCCCUGUUAAUGUGAAUGCUUUCUAAUGAGUCCAUCAUGUAGCUAACUUAACAACAUGAUUAUCAGAUGCAAUGCAACAUACAACAAUUAAUAAUAAUUUAGCCAGUUUCCAAUUUGUGUUUACUGUUUUGUGUGUGUGUGUGAUCAUUAUGUUUGUGACAGGCUCUCAUGCUGGAGAACCUCCAGAGAACCUCACACCAUCACAUAGGACUGCAGCCAAACUCCCAGGUGAGAGUUACAGUAUGAAGAAGUUGCAUGUUUUAGCAUGAACCAUAACAAUUCAAUCAGCUCCUUGUGUAGGUAUUUGGCAGUUUCUCUAAUUACUUCUUCAAUAUUUUUAUUUCUUAUGGAUCCCCAUUAGCUGUUGCCAAGGCAGCAGCUAUUCUUCCUGGGGUCCAGCAAAAUUAAGGCAGUUUAUACAAUUUAAAAAACAUUACAAUACAUUCACAGAUUUCACAGCACACUGUGUGCCCUCAGGCCCCUAUUCCACCCACUACCACAUAUCUACAGUACAAAAUCCAUGUGUGUGUUUAUAGUGCUUAUGUUAUCGUGUUUGUAUGCAUGUGUCUGUGCUUACGUUUGUGUUACUUCACAGUCCCCGCUGUUCCAUAAGGUGUAUUCUUAUCUGUUGUUUAAAUCUAAUUUUACUGCUUGCAUCAGUUACUUGAUGUGGACUAGAUAGUCAUGGCUCUAUGUAGUACUGUGCGCCUCCCAUAGUCUGUUCUGGACUUGGGGACUGUGAAGAGACCUCUUGUGGCAUGUCUUGUGGGGUAUGCAUGGGUGUCCGAGUUGUGCGCCAGUAGUCCAAACAGACAGCUAGGCGCAUUCAACAUGUCAAUACCUCUCAUAAAUACAAGUAGUGAUGAAGGCAAUCUCUCCUCCACUUUGAGCCAGGAGAGAUUGACAUGCAUAUUAUUAAUAUUAGCUCUCAGUAUACAUCAAAGGGCCAGCCGUGCUGCCCUGUUCUGAGCCAAUUGCAAUUUUCCUAAGUCCCUUUUUGUGGCACCUGACCACACGACUGAACAGUAGUCCAGGUGCGACAAAACUAGGGCCUGUAGGACCUGCCUUGUUGAUAGUGCUGUUAAGAAGGUAGAGCAGUGCUUUAUUAUGGACAGACUUCUCCCCAUCUUAGCUACUGUUGUAUCAAUAUGUUUUGACCAUGACAGUUUACAAUCCAGGGUUACUCCAAGCAGUUUAGUCACCUCAACGUGCUCAAUUUCCACAUGAUUUAUUACAAGAUUUAGUUGAGGUUUAGUGAAUGAUUUGGCCCAAAUACAAUGCUUUUAGUUUUAGAGAUAUUUAAGACUAACUUAUUCCUUGCCACCCACUCUGAAACUAACUGCAGCUCUUUGUUAAGUGUUGCAGUCAUUUCAGUCACUGUAGUAGCUGACAUGUAUAGUGUUGAGUCAUCUGCAUACAUAGACACACAGGCUUUACUCAAAGCCAGUGGCAUGUCAUUAGUAAAGAUUUUAAAAAGUAAGGGGCCUAGACAGCUGUCCUGGGGAAUUCCUGAUUCUACCUGGAUUAUAAUAAUAAUAAUAAUAAUAAUAUGCCAUUUAGCAGACGCUUUUAUCCAAAGCGACUUACAGUCAUGCGUGCAUACAUUUUUGUGUAUGGGUGGUCCCGGGGAUCGAACCCACUACCUUAGCGUUACAAGCGCCGUGCUCUACCAGCUGAGCUACAGAGGACCAUUAUGUUGGUGAGGCUUCCAUUAAAGAACACCCUCUGUGUUCUGUUAGACAGGUAACUCUUUAUCCACAAUAUAGCAGGGGGUGUAAAGCCAAUAUGAUGGUUAUGGGCAAGGACUUUUUAAGUCUUAUGGUCUGUCUGAUUAUUUCAGAUUGGUGAAGAGAUGAGCCAGAACAGCUUCAUUAAGCAGUAUCUGGCAAAACAGCAGGAGCUCUUGAGGCAGCGUCUGGAGAGAGAGGCCCGGGAAGCAGUCGAAGAUGAUGGUAAGUUGGCAGUGCACCCCCUCACCUUUACAUGUUGGCUUGGGGUUUAAGCCUGUGUAGUUUACAUGUCAGUUCCAUGCCUGUGCUGAGCACGCUUCCUUUAUAAAUCAAAUCAGGUCAGCUACUCCUCUCCUGCUCAGGGUACUUUGCCUCAUUACAUAUCACUACUAUGUUUUUCCAGAUACAGACCAAGAGGACCACACACAGGGCAAUAACAGCUCUGCCUGUGCUGCCCCAGACCAGGUUAGUUGCAGACUAAUCGCUGUAUUCUUUCUGUUUUUAAGAGUCUCCAGGGUGGUAAUCAUUUUUCCGUUUGCAUUCCAUUUUAUAACUAUAAAGAGAGUUUCUAUUGGGCAAAUUCAUCUAGGUCCCUCCCCGUUUUCCUUCCUUUUGCUUCCGUUUAAGAAAUGUUUUACAAACAGAAUCUGUGUAAUGAAUACACCCCUGUUGUACAACAUGCAUGUUUGAGAGAAGCUUGCAUGUCUGAGAAUCUUGCAUGAUUAACACAAUCUUGCAUGCAAUUUUAAUGUAUGCCUGAACAAUUGCAUGCAUUGGAGAUACUCUAGCAUAGCCUUGCAACAAACUCAAUCUCAUCUCCCUUUCCGUCCUCAUAAGGAUGACGCACCCGUGUUGGUUGACCAACACAAGCCGCUUGGCCCCUCCGAGGGAGAGGGACUAGCAGGCCCGGCAAGCGAGGGAGAGGGACACAGGGCCAAAGACGGCCAUGUGUCUGGUCCACCUGCCUCUACCUCGCCUACCUCUGCCCCUGCUGCCGUGGCCUCUCUGUCUGUGCGUGUAGCUGGUGGUGGGCAGCGACAGGAGAGAGUCCCAACCUCUAGCCAAGUCCCAGCAGAUAGCGAUGAUGACAGCGACGGAGGUGACGAGGAUGGUGAGGAUGAGGACUGGAAUAGCGGUGCCAGGAGGAGGAAUCUAGGAGAGCCACCAAGAGGCCAGCUGGCAAGAGAGAGGUCUGAAGGAUCCCGCCAACCCCCACAGCACAUCCCUCCCCUGUUGUCUCCGCAGCUUCGACAGCCUACCCCUCCUCCCUCCCCUCCCCCAGAGUUAUCAUUCCCACUGCCUGAUACCCCUAAACAAAGCCCCCCUAGUCCAGGUGAGCUCCCGGCUAGGCAGCGUACUUCCAGUACAUCCAGCUCUGGCUCCUCUAGCAGUGGCAGUCGUAGUAGCAGUCCAGAACCACAAAGCAACGCAGAGCGCAAGCCUGGCCCACUGACCCUGCUGGCACGCAAGAUGGCAUCAGAAGGGGCUUUCUCUGGAGUUGGGUGGCAUGGACGUGGGGAGGCAGAGAGGCAGGACAACAAUGCUGCAACUGCAACAAUAUUUCCUGGUAGAGGUCCUCAAGAGGGCACAGUGUCUGCCAUCACCCACACAGCCAAUGCUGCAGCCAGUUUGCCCUUCCCCAGUCUGGUUCCAGUCACCAACCAGGGUGUACUUGGAGGCCAUCUCCCCCACAGUCAAGUUCCUGUGAGUGUGCUUAGGCCCACUAUAAUGGAAGAGAGAGAUGCUGCAUGGCAACAAGAAAACAAGGAAAGGGAGCUGCAGGCAGAGAGGGAAAGAGAAAAAGCCCUUGAGCAAGAGAGACUUAGAGCCGUGGAGCUGGAAAGACAGAGAAUAUUUGAGCAACAGCGUGCCAUGGAGCAAGAGAGGGAAAGAGCUUUGAAAUUAGAGAGGGAGGAGAGGGAGAAAGCAUUGGAGGCAGAAAGGAAGGAGAGGGAAAGAGCUUUGGAGCAAGAGAGGGAGGAGAGGGAGAAAGCCUUGGAGGCAGAAAGGAAGGAGAGGGAAAGGGCUUUGGAGCGAGAGAGGGCGCAAGCUCUUGAACGAGAGAGGGAGGAAAGAGAGAAAGCUUUGGUGGAAGAGAGAGAGAAGUCUAUGGCAAGAGAGAGGGCCCUUGAGCUUGAGAAAGAGAAGGCUAUGGAGUUAGAAAGGCAGAGAGCCAUGGAACGAGAGCGAGCUUUGCAGCAAGAGAGAGAGGAGAGGGAAAGAGCAAUAGAAAAAGAAAGAGUUAAAUCUUUUGAGCGGGAGGAGAGGGAAAGGGCGCGGGAGCGGGAGCAAGCUCUUGAACGAGAAAGGUUGGAGACAGCGAGAGCUUUGCAGCGAGAACGGCUGGAGAGGGAGAAAGCCUUGGAUCAAGAACGGUUGGAGAGGGAGAAAGCUUUGGAGCUAGAGAGGCAGAAAGCUUUGAAACGGGAACAGGAGGAGAGGGAGAAAGCUUUAGAGCUAGAGCGUAUAGAGAAGGAAAAGGCUUUGGAGCAAGAGCGAGUUGAGAAGGAGAAAGCUUUGGAGCUAGAGAGGCAGAAAGCUUUGAAACGGGAACAGGAGGAGAGGGAGAAAGCUUUAGAGCUAGAGCGUAUAGAGAAGGAAAAGGCUUUGGAGCAAGAGCGAGUUGAGAAGGAGAAAGCUUUGGAGCUAGAGAGGCAGAAAGCUUUGAAACGGGAACAGGAGGAGAGGGAGAAAGCUUUAGAGCUAGAGCGUAUAGAGAAGGAAAAGGCUUUGGAGCAAGAGCGAGUUGAGAAGGAGAAAGCUUUGGAGCUAGAGAGGCAGAAAGCUUUAAAACGGGAACAGGAGGAGAGGGAGAAAGCUUUAGAGCUAGAGCGUAUAGAGAAGGAAAAGGCUUUGGAGCAAGAGCGAGUUGACAAGGAGAAAGCUUUGGAGCUAGAGAGGCAGAAAGCUUUGAAGCGGGAACAGGAGGAGAGGGAGAAAGCUUUAGAGCUAGAGCGUAUAGAGAAGGAAUUGGCUUUGGAGCAAGAGCGAGUUGAGCAGGAGAAAGCUUUAGAGCUAGAGAGGCAGAAAGCUUUAGAGCGGGAACGGGAGGAGAGGGCAAGGGCUUUGGAGCAAGAAAGAAUUGAAAGGGAGAAAGCCCUUGAUAAAGAAAGAGCCAUGGAGAAAGAAAGAGUGGAGAGGGAAAAAGCUUUGGAACGUGAGAGAGAGGAGAAGGAGAGGGUUUUAGAACAGAAGGCCCUGCAGAGAGAAAAAGUGGAGAGGGAGAGCACUUUGGAACAAGAUAAGGAAAGGGCUAAGGUGGCUGAGAGGGAGAGUCAUCUUCCUCCAUGGAAACGUGGUCGUGAGAUUGGUCUUACCCCCCUGCCCACUCCUCCCCUCUCCACAGGAGCAGGUAGAAUGGCGGCAACAGAGGAGGGUGGGAAGUCCCACGUGCCAUCCCUACCCCAAACAGCAUCGAGAGACAACCAGCCAGCUGAAUCUGGUACGCCCCUGUCACCAACUAUAGCAACGCCUCUGUCACCCCAGUCCUCCUUCAAGAAGUUCCGUUUCUUGAGAGACCCCCCAGUUCUAUCCCAAUCUUGCUCUGCAUCCCUGGUCAUCAAGAGGCCCCGUACGUUCUCUGACAGCCCCCAUCCUCAGGCCUCAGCUCUCCAGUCCCCAAGAAAACCUGGGGAACAAGAGCAGGAAGGUACUCUGCAGGGGCCCAAUCCUUCUGCUGGACAGGCAGUACCACAGAUGCCUGCAAGACAGGGGGUCCUUGUUUCUGGACCACCUGCAGCAGACACGACAGGGCCAGAGACCCCAGUGAUUGCCACGCUAGGCAAGAGUCCUGAAGAAGAAAAGGCUAAGGAGCUUGCGUCAGAGGAGCAGGUCCUAGCAGAUAAGGAGGAGACAGACAAGCAGGAAGUGGGAGAGAUGGCCAGAGGUGAAAAAGGGGUGGGUGCAGGAAACGUCCCCUCGGGUCGAGCAGAAGCUGUGGUACCUCCCUCACCCCCACCGGAAGAGGGCAAUGUAGACCGGGGAAGGGAGAGAAGUCAAAAGAAAGAAGAGAAGCGGGGAAGACAGGCUUCCUCAUCUAGUGACUCCUCAGAUUCUGACUCUGGGUCAUCCUCCUCACAUUCGUCUGGUUCAUCUUCGUCCUCCCAGGGCAAAACCCGCACCACUCCCAGUGGUAGAAAGGUGAGUGGUCUAUAGGUGUUCUUUCACUCAAUCCGUGAAACAACAAUGAUCAAACCCCAACAGCAAUAUGGGAAAGUAAUGUUCAUUAACCAUGUAGUACUUGGGAUUUUCUUUUUAGGUUUCUCUUUUGGUUGUUUUUGUUUUUUAUUCUGUCAGGGCCUAGGUUUGACAGGACCACCCAAGCAGUGACAAUCAAUGGUACAUUGGAGAUCAGAAUAUGUUAUUUCAUUCAUGUUCAAGGGAACCUUGUCCAAAUGAUCAAAUCAAUCUGUUCAAGAUGUUUACAAGAACGGUUUCUGAUUUAUGAAUAACAUGGUUUUCUGUAGUAGUGAAAGAUGGAGGCAAAAUGAUUUUUCAGUGAAUAUAUGUUGUCACAAAGUACGUGGGAUAGGCCUAGGUGUGCUUUUGCUGGGAUCUCUUUAGGUCUACAUGCUGCACUUGUAUAUCACACAAUGAACAUAAGAAACAAUUUACCACAAAACAAUGGUGACAAAAGAUUAUAUGAUUAUUAAGUCCAUUGUCAUGUACUGUAUGUCUUACUUAAUAGCCUAGUAGACAAGCAGAGACGUAACUUAAGGAGACCUAAUGAUGCUAAAACACAAACGCCCAUAAUUCUUAUCGUAACAAUAUGUUGGUUAAAUGACAGAGUUGUGUGCUUAUAACUGUGACUCGCCUGCUCAAAUGUAUGAUAUUUUGCCCAAUACAUAAUUCAUUGACCUGUUAUCUAUCCUUUAGCCUGAGAAACCUCAGACAAACACCAUAUCCCAGGAUAAGGAGACAGUUAGUCAACCUGAGGAUUCAACUGAGGCCCCAAAAGCCCCCCAGCGCAAAAAUCGAGGAUCUGGGGAGGAGGAAGAGAAGGACAUGACCAUCGAUGGAGCCAGACACAGCAAGGUUAGCUGA